UGCCACCUCUGUGUUGCUGUUUGCAAGCAUGGAUCAAAGAGGCCAUAGAGUAAGAGGCCAUGGCAGAGGGGCCAGAAGAAGAGGAGCCCAUAUGCGUGGUGGAGGAGCUGCAGCAGCAAGAGGACAAAAUCGAGCUCAAGUUUCAAAUGAAAUUCGGGCAACAAUUAUUGACCAUGUCAUCAAUCAUGGCUUGUCCUUUAGAGAGGCUGGACAAAGGGUCCAGCCCAUUCUGACUCGGAGCACUGUGGCAUCUAUUGUCAGGCUUUUUCGGAAUGAGAACAGGAUCCACACAUUACCACACACUGGUGGCAGAGGAAAGAUAUUUAGUAUUGAACAGGAGUCUGCCAUUGUAGAUAUGGUAGUGGCAAACAAUUCAAUCAGACUGUGUGAAAUCCAGGCAGCAGUAAUUGCAGAUCAGGGAGCAUUUAGAAAUAUAAACAGUGUGAGUUUGGCAACUAUAGAUCGAGUCCUUAAACGACACCAUGUCAGAAUGAAGCAGCUGUACCAAGUUCCAUUUCAAAGAAACUCUGACAUCGUAAAGGAGGCACGAUUCCAGUAUGUGCAGAGAAUAAUGGAGCUUGAAGCUGAAGGGACACAUCACAAAUUCAUUUUUGUGGAUGAAGCCGGCUUCAACCUCUGUAAAGUGAGGAGACGCGGGAGGAACAUCAUUGGGCAGAGGGCCACUGACACAGUGCCAGCACAGCCUCGUAUUAUGAUGCAAUUCCUUCCUGCAUACUCCCCUUUUCUGAACCCAAUCGAGGAGUUCUUCUCUGCUUGGAGGUGGAAGGUGUAUGAUCACCGGCCAUAUGAGCAGAUGCCCCUCCUGGAGGAAAUGAAUGCUGGUUGCCUGGCAAUAGGUGCAGAGGACUGCCAGGGAUGGAUGCGCCAUUCAAGGAGAUGUGUCAGCAGAGGAGGUGAAGUGAGCCCAGCAGGUUUCUGGCCUCAGCUCAGUCGGGCCAAGGCCACCGCUGAGCGCAAGGUUCCCUCCGCUGUAGGGCCCCGCAUCACACAAGUGAAGGUCUACCUUGACAUUUUUGUGCCUCCGUGUAAUUUUAAUCACUUAGCAGUCUAA